AUGACGACGUGGCCGGCUAAAUCUUCUCUGCCACAGACGGUAAGUCCGGUCUACUUUGUGCAGAGCCCAUCGAACACAGACGUAGACAAGAUAUCAACCGGUUCGGGUCUUAGCCCGUUCAGAUCACCCGUUAACAGACAAGGCCAGGUCAGUCACUACAACCAUGAGCUUGUAGCCGAGUCACCUUCGACUCUACGGUCCUCAGGACCAUUGAGAAACGGAUACAGUAGUCUCCAAGUGCAUGAUCAUGACCAUAUAGUCGACGAGGAUGAUGAUGAUGAUUACGAUGAAAUCGAGGGUUCGGACAACAGGAGAGGAAGGAAAACGAGGUUUUACUUUUGCUUGUUGUUUACGUUUGUGCUGGCCUUCACUAUCUUCUGUCUCAUUUUGUGGGGAGUUUCCAAAUCUUUCUCACCAGUUGUCACUUUGAAGGGGAUGGUAAUUGAGAGACUGAACGUGCAAUCAGGGAACGAUGCAUCGGGAGUGCAGACAGAUAUGCUCACUCUAAAUUCAACGGUUACGAUGUUAUACAAAAACCCUGCAACUUUCUUCACCGUCCACGUUACCUCCUCUCCCUUCCAGCUCAGCUAUUCCCAGCUCAUUCUCGCCUCUGGUCAGAUGGAAAAAUUCUCUCAACGUAGGAAGACCGAGAGAAUCAUCGAGACCAAUGUAGUAGGCAAUCAAAUUCCUUUGUACGGAAGCGUACCGGCUCUAUAUGCGCAACGAGCUAAACCGAACCAAGUUGUUUUGCCUUUGAAUUUGACUUUCACGUUGCGAUCACGAGCCUAUUGUAGAAAAGAGGAAAACAGAGCCCAUAUGGUUAAUACCUAUGUGCUCGGCCGAUUGGUCAAGACUACGUUCUACACAAGCAUUAGAUGCAGCAUCACUUUCCAUGCCGAUAAACUUGGCAUGAAUCUUGAUUUCUUGAAGUCUUGCUCUAGUUAUAAAUAG